AUGUUGCCAUCAACAGACGAUAUCGCCAAAUUCAUCUCCAUCGCCCCAGAAGCCACUGAAGGCAAGGCUCUUAAAUUCUUGCAGGAAGCGAGUUCUUUCGAUGAGGCCCUUGAUCAGUUUUACGAGAACCCUGAUAGAUACUCAAAUAUCGCAGAUGCUAGCAGGUCCGAUUCGAGGCUCCAGAGCGAUCAUGCUGAAAUGCGAGCAUUACCCCCAUCAUAUGAAUUGCACAUUAGCUCCGUGAGCGGAGCACAACGUGCUCCCCACAAAAAUGUUGUCACCGAAGCCGGGGAUGUUCGAGCUCGGGAUGAGCAAGAAAUGCAGAACAUGCUCUUGGACAUCCAAAUAAAGUGUCAAAUCUACAAUACCGACAUUGAGCCGGAACACGAGUCCAGUGAGUUCAUGGCCUGUACGUGCGAAGUUCAUCAAUACAGGCGAAGGAAAGUUGCACGCCUCGAUGCGCAGGAGAUGUGGUCCAAAGCAGUGAUGUAUCCCGGAGAGAAGGCCUAUCACGAUUGUUACCAGUCGUCUGUUUUCUCUAAUAAUCCGUAUAUCAGGAUCCCCUCAGCGUAUGGUAUUGCGUACACAACUUUACAACGUCCAGAUGCAACACGUUACACCAAUUCCGUUCGGCAGACCAUUGCCCUAAAUGUGACACUGAACAACAAGGCACAGGCCACAAUCGAUGCCAUGGAGCCCCAAUGCGAUAUUUGGGCAUUAGAUGAACCGGACAACGCCUCCGCUACCUCUCGUCCCGUGGAAGACAAAACUAUUCCCGUAGCAAGCAGCAUAGGGCCAUUGAAAUCGUCCAAGUUAUUGAACUUUAGGCGGGCCUUGUCUAUCUCGUCGUUGAACAAAUCAGGUUCCAAAACAGAGGAAAUGCUUACUCGCGCCCGGAAGCUCCGACGGGAAAUUCUGGAGGAGGAAAAUGGUCGUUGGCCAGACUUAGAGUGGCGAAAAAUUGUAGCCGCCUACCAAGAAAAGGUUGGCAUGAAGCAGAAAGUCGCCGAGUUACGAGCCAAACGCCCGAUCCAGUAUUUGCACCUGCUUCGAGCAGGAUACUUUGAGCCCAUCCCAAUAGCUUGGGCGUCUCGUGCUUCAAACCCCUUGAAGUUUCGCAUCGAUGGUCUUUCUGGCUGGAGAGGUAUUACUCCGGCUUGGAGAGGUUACGAGAAUACUGCCGAGGAACGGCUCUAUUGGGUCCUGAACCAUCGAGAGGGAAACACGGGACCUCGCAUGAAGCCAGACGUAAUAUCCGCUCUGGAGAUGGCUCGUGCGAGAAUGGCCACAGCCGUUGAGCCACCCCCGGCUUACUACUCCAUGGAUGAUACCUUCCGCCUUCAGCGUUUGCCAGAGAGUUACUCCCUGCAGGUGAUGCCGCCUCCAUUCACACCAUUUGACCUUCCCGAGACAGCUACUGAUAAUACGAUGAUCUUACUGGACGUUUCUGGAUCAAUGGACUUUGACCCUCUUCGACCACUUUACACUCAAUACCUAGUGACCGGCUUCGCCCGUUCUAAUCAACCAAAAAACAAGGAUGUUGCCAAAGCAAUCAUCCGCCGAUUCACGGAUGCAAUGUCCAUCCAUGACCAGAAUCUUCAUGGCUACCAGCUGGUUACCUUUGCUAAUAAGGCUGAUUAUAUUGGGUUUAUCAACCACUCUAACUUCAACGAUAUGUGGAGAAGUGUCAAGCUAGGGGGAGGAACACGCGUCAUGACCGGAUGGCAGAAAAUCAAGGAUCUGCAUUUCCAGAGACAUUCAGAAUCCGCUACCUACCACCCUGUCUAUGGCUGGCAGGCAGGCCCGCGAACACCAAUGCUGAGAUUGCUACUUUUACUUGAUGGCGAAGCAACAGACAUGGAUGAGUUUGAACUUGAUCUGCUGGGUCUCUCUUGGGUCCAUGUCACCAUUUUUCUGAUUGGAGUGGACGGGUGUCCGCACCACCACCGGCACGCUAACGAGCUGCAAAGGAUCAGCGAAGUGAACCCACAUGUCUCAUUUGUGGAUGCACAGGGCAAUGCGCCGGAGCGGUAUGUCACGCAUGAACUACUGAAGCGGCACCUUGGGUAUGAUGUGCCGAUGGCGGAGUUUGAGCGACUGGAGCACUGGCCAGCAAGUGCAGAGCCACCAGUGUACCAAGAAUAA